UCAUGUUUCGCGUUUUGUUGCUGGCAGUAGCCUUGGGGCUGUCUGCUGGUGGUCAACGAAGAAAAUCGGCCUAUUCCCCAAACAAAGAAUACUGGUACGAUUAUGAAACACAGGUUGUAACGGGUAUUCCAAAAGGCAGCAAAAUAUAUUCCGGACUCAAAUUCAAGGCCACAGCCAAGUUACAAUUUGAAACGGCGGCCAAGGUUUUGGUUAAAUUCGACGAUGUUGAGAUGUACAAGAUCAACGAUAUGAUCGAUGGUCUCGAUCCCACGAGGCAGCAAAUUCCAGAAGAUCUUUUCCAACAACUCUCCGGGCCAGAAACAGCAGACAUGGUUGAAAAGCUUGCGAUGCCCUUGAAAUUCAGUUAUAUUCGAGGCCACAUCAGCGAUCUGCAGAGUAACCAAAAUGACCCCUAUUGGUCUAUGGAUAUCAAACGUGGGUUCCUCAGUUUACUGGAAGUGAACCUAGAGGAGCGCCAGACCCUCAACCCUCCCUCCCCAAUAAGCUACGAUAACGAUAAUCCGAUGACACCUGGGCUCAGCGAGUUCUACACUGUUCUUGAACCAAGUGUUGCUGGUGAAUGUGAAACUUUCUACAGGCGAAUGCCUUUGGUGACGUCGAAUGGAGGCCCUUACAUACGUCUCAAUAAAAUAAGGAACUACAACAAGUGUGUAAAUCGUCCUGCGUUCACCAACACCAUGUUCAACGAAUACAUGUGUGCAGAAUGUGAGAAAGAUAGGACGGAACCAUUAAGAUCUACAUCAGAGGUAUACUACUAUCUCAGAGGUAUGGAUAGGAACUUCAUCAUCGAAAGUGCUAUUGCAGAGAGCCAACAUAUCUACACGCAAUAUUCAGAAGAGGGCGGCAGUGUCGCCACUUUCAUUAAUCAAACAUUGAUGCUAACCAAGACAAAUGAGAUCUCGGAACACAUUACGCCACCUCAGAACCCCAGGAGCCACCCAUACAGUCUGCGGUCUCAGAUGGUUGACAUGGAGGAUCCACGUGAACAGAAAUUGCCUCUACCUGAAGAAGAUUCUCAUACCCAGGAUGACACUCAUAGGUGCAUGCCUACGGCGUGCGCACCAGGAGACAACGGAUGUAGAUUGUCUGUUAACCAGCAACGAACAGAAAUGAAGAUUCAAAAAAUGCUUACUUCGCUCUCAGCAUUCACUGAGUUCGAGGUCAAAGAAGAAGCUACUUCACUACUUGCGGAUAUGCUGGUAGAAUUCCGCCGUGCUGACUACAGUAUUCUUAUGAAGUUUUGGACACGUUAUGGAAAUCCAUCAACCACUGAUCCGGCAAUGCUUCGCAUCAGGUAUCUAGUUUUAUCAUCCGAUGGAAAGUUAUUUAAUCACAAGACGACAGGACAUAAUUGUAUAGCAUAUGUUGUUGAAGCUAAAACGUAUAUUUUCUUUACCGUUAUGUUUCUGAUGCUUCUAUGCCAGAAAAGGUUUGGUUUGAUUUUUAUUUUGAUAUUGUUGGUUUCUGGAAAGGUUUCCGGUAAAUACAAUGCUUCUAAACUUUUCUCCAGAAAAAUUCUUAUUGAUAUGCUGCCGACAGCCGGAACUCCAGCUGCCACAUACGUUAUGACAUCUGCGAUAGAAGCUACACAAAUGACACAAGACGAAGCAGCUAUGGCUCUUAACUAUCUAGCCGUGUAUGCAAUGCCAGAUAUUUGUGUCGCUAAGUGGAUUCAGAAAAUUGUGGAAUUGCCCUGGAUUGAGCAACACACACCGACAAAGAUAUCAGCAUGGCUGUGUAUGGGUGCUGUCGUCAACAAAAUCAAUACCGACCAUGGAAAAAUGAUAGUUAAGAUCCAGAAGGAAAAAGAAUUGCUGCAGAAAGUAGCACAGUCUGAAAAGGCACGACCAAUCAAGAGAGAGCUGGAGCAGAAACUUGCCAAGCAGGAGUCAAAGUUGGGAAAGAAAGCAAAUAUAAUCAGUCGUUUGAAAGAGGAGUUCUUACAGAUGCUGCAAACACUUCUUCGAUCAAAUAUGGAAGAGGACAAUAUCAUAGCUCUGAAAACGAUAGGAAAUGCCGGUUUUAGUGAAUUUUUUCCUGACCUGAAAACCGUCAUCAAUGACAAAUCUAAGCCCUAUAUUCUUCGAUCACAAGCUAUGUUUGCGUUAAGGAGAAUGAUUCAGCUCGAACCAGAAGCUGUAAGAAAUAUGCUGCUUCCACGAUUCUUUGACAAAACUGAACCAGAACCUAUCAGAAUAGUGGCGUUUUACAUGUUUUUCUCUGCUCAACCACCAAAACCGAUGCUGGAAAUGGCUGUUCAAUAUCUUGACCGUGAAACUAAUCCAAAUAUCGGAACAUUUGUAUACAGUCUACUGGAACAGUACUCCAACAGUUCCGACCCCUGCCUGAUGUCAAUGGUGAAGAAUUCAACAUGGGCCAUGCGAUUUGCGAAGAAAUAUGACCCUAAAUACCAUUAUUCCAGAUAUAUGCACUCUUCUCUGUACGAUGAUAACAUGAAAAUUGGCAUUAUGAUGGACCUCGGUUUUCUUUCAUCAUCGAAGGAAUUCAUACCGGCGUCUAUGGCUGCUAAUUUCCGUAUCAACGUUCUUGGACGCCAAGUUGACAUCAUGGAGGUUGGAUACAACUCUGAAGGACUGCAGAAAGUAUUGAGUAAAAUGAUGGGGCCGUACAGCUUAUUGAAGAAAGGCCGAUCUCCAUUAGACAUAUUGGAACCCCGAUCACAAUCAAGAUCCAGUGAUGACUCGUCUGAUUCUGCUGACGACGAACAACCGAACCCAAUACGUGACAUCCAUGAAAAGUUGAAUGUGUCUCCCCGCCAGUCACCUGAAACAGAAGGACACAUCUACUUCAAACUUUUCGGAAAUGAAAUAAGUUACACCCCAUUCGAUUACAAGUUUAUCGAAAGGUUGCUUAGACAAGGAAAAAUCCAUCUGCCAGUUAAUGAAGAGGACCUUAGACUUGGAACCAAUCUUAAACUCUACAAGUCUAUUGUUUGGUCCGAUGUAACGCAUAUGUUUGCAUCAGAGGCGGGUUUCCCUAUAAGGAUGAACAUGCAUGGCUCUUCCUUCGUGAAAGUUGAAGGAACGUUUUCGGUUACGGCGAGCCCUGCUUUAUUCAAGAAGAACAGACAUGACAAUAAGCUGAGAAAGUUUGAUGCAUCUUUCAACCUUCAUCCCAGUGCUGUCAUGGAUAUGGAAGGAACGAUGAUGGUCGAUGCAUUUUACUUCAAGAGUGGAGCGUCUGUACGAGGUGUAAUACAAGCAGAAUCACCACUACACUUUAACUACGGAUAUGAUGCUAUGAAAAACAAGUUUUACACAAACUUCGACGUUUCAAACUUAAAAGAAAAGUUUAUGAAGUUAGAAAUGAAGCCGUAUACCUUUGUACGAAAGGAACCGUUUGACAUACACCAAUGGCCAACUCUUCCUGACACAAAAGAUAUUGACGUUGCAGAGAAUGCCAUUCUGGAAACGGUAUCGGAAGAAUACGGUAGCCAUGAGUUUGGACUGAAGUUUGCCACAAAUGGACAAAAAGUCAAACGGAAUUUCCUUCCUACCAUUCCAUACUGCCCAUUUUCUGGAAAACAAAUGCUAUACUUUACAGUCCAACCAGGAUUAAGCCCACCGACAAAAUACCAACUGGAGUUCAUGGUUCUUAAAAACCAGGUUACAGAUAGGUCAUCGUCCGAUCAGUCUAGAGAACAAGAUCAGCAAAGCAAUGGUUAUUUGAGUUAUCUAAACGUAUUCAACGUGUUUGGUUCCAAUGACAGACCUGAAUACCCAAGAGAAGAGAGUACACCUAACAUACAUUUGCAACACGUAAUAGAGAAACUGAGAGGAAAAGUGCCAAUACUGCAGGACGGAGAGAAGUAUGCAUAUUCUGUUAGGUUGACUGGAAUAGGAAGUAGUCCGAUGCGAUAUUAUAAUCUCGAAACUCUAUUCCAGAAGAGUCUGGAUGGGUAUGAAAGACGAGUAGGCUUUUUAUUCAAAAGAGCACCAUUCCCACAAUGGGAAACUGAACCUUUCCAAUGGGAUAUGGACAUAAAGAUGACUUUGCCAAGAGUCCAUAUAGAACCAUCAAAAUUGACUGACCCAUCAUAUUUGGAAGAGCUUCAUAAGCAGAUACAAUUGUAUGUUAAGCAGGAUGGCAAGCCACAAAUGGCAUAUAGAAUUGAGGACAUGCUGCCUGCAUAUCAAGACAGGAUCGCUACUAAAAUGCAAAGCUGGGCCCAAUCAAAGACGUUAAUCGAUGAUUUGAUACAGGACAUCGUUAAAAAGACAGAAGAUUCAGCUGAUCCGGUCUUGAAGAAGCUGAUAGAAUUAGUUGAAGAACAAACACAACUACAGCAUGUGAUUAACAAGUUGAAAAAUGAAAUGUAUGAUAAGAAGUAUCGCAAGAAGAAUGAAGAGAAAUAUAUGUCAUUAAUUCAUAGAUCCAAGACUGUUGCCGAUCUAUUGAAUGAAGAAUUAGACCAGGUGCAAGGAGAUAACGAUGAUUUAAGAAAACCUGUACUGGUUAAAUAUUCGGUUUAUAAACAACAACACAUAUUAAGAAAUAUGUUGAAAAUGUACACAGUUUUAAAAGACAUGCUGCCAGUUCCAAUUCAAGCUGAUACGAAAGAUAAACUGAAAGUCGCUGAAAUUCAAUUGCAUCAAAUGAUCCAAAAAGAGAACCGAGUAUUACUACCCGAGUUACAGGACUCGCCCAUGCUCGACAUUAAACAAAAUGAAUUGAAAGAGGAACAAGAACGUGUCUUGCUUAACUUACUUUCCCCAAGCUCCAAUCCAAGACUUGACGAAGUGGCAAUGUCAGAUGUUCCAGAGGUAAUAAAGAAAGCAAGCAUCGUAGAAAGGAAAGUAAAGGACGCCAUCGCUGGAGAAAUGGAUAUACCGAAACCAAUAACAUAUAAGAUUCUUGAAGCUACUAUUCUUCAAAAACAGGUUGUAGAAAGCAUGCAAAUAAAGAUGGAACUUGUUAAAGAGCAAGUGAUGGACAAACGUGUCCCAGCAAUGCAGACUGAUGAAAAAGAGAAAUUCAUUUCAUGGAGAGAAGCAAUGAAAACACAAGUCUCUAGUUUGUCAAAGAUCUUAGCCAAUCUGAUUUCAAAGGAAGAAGAGAGUAGUAUACUUUUGCAAGUUAUUCCCAGUAGUGAACAUCCGAAACUCCAGAAACUACUUAAGGUGAAACUCCUCCAACCACUGAUCUCUGAUAAGCUUGAAAAGAUCAAGGGUAAACAAAUUCGUGUAGAGAAACGACACGAAGAUAAACUACAACUCCUUCAAGAAUGCUUGGAAAUCACGAUGGAAAUAAAAACGAAAUUACAAGAUAUCGUGGGUGUGCCACAGAGCUUAUCACCUCAGUUAUUACACAUCGCUGCAAAGGUAAUGCAAACACAGAUUAAAUUGCUUGAACAAUUGAAAGAAAAAGCUCACCUGUUAUCGGUUUAUAAAUUGGAAAUGGCAAGUGACUUGCAUCGACCACUGAAGGCUCUUAAAGAUAACUUAGACGAUGCUUAUCUGGCACAAGUGAAGUAUUUGAAAAAGGCAUUGUCUCUUGUUGACAAAAACAUUUUGUCGGACACUGAUCAGGACUCCGCGCUGCCGAGUCCUAGAAUCUCUAGAGUGAUGAAAAGCAAGACACUUUCAAGACAUAUGGAAUACCCACAAAGGCUUUAUUUGGAGAUGAAUGCACAUGCAGGACCGGAUAAUGCACGCACGAAAGUAAUAACGAUCGAGAUGAUUGGAAAGAAAUCACUCGCGCAGAUAUUCUGGGAAAAAGAUCAGUUCUUACCUCUAGUAAGAGACGAACUUGUAAAGCAGUAUCUCAGAGUCAAGGAAAGUGGAGAAGAACACAUCACAAAGUCGUACAGAAAAUUGGAAGAAGAACUUAACACAUUCCGCCACUUCCACUUUAGCAUUGACUACAACGAGGAGGAAUUCCCGGAGUACCUCCAACUUUACUCUUGGCGUUACAGAGAAUUCUUGAAGUACAAAAUGUUCAAUCACAUGAGACAAUAUUUCCCGGAAAAGACAUACAAACCUAAUUAUAUGGAGCUCGUUAUGGAUAUCGAAAGGAAUAACUACCAGGUGAAUAUGGAUAUGAUGACUCCGUAUGAAGUAGACAGAUUCCAGGGAAUGCUGAUGCCUUUUUCAUGGAAAUCAUUACUAUCAUCUUUUCAACCAAAACCAUUUCGAAAUAGCAUUCUUCCUUCUCCAUUGAAGAUCAAGAAUAAGCUAUCAGGUGUCUGUGAGAUGAGAAAGAAUAUGUUGACAACUUUGGAUGCUAAGGAAGUUAGGAUUCCCGAUUCUAAAGGAUGCGACUUCGUUUUGGCUAUGGAUUGUUCAUCCUCAACUCAGUUUGCUAUCAAAGCAAGAAAGCUAAAUUCCGACCCCAUUAAAAAGGCUGUUACUGUGAUGAUCGAAAAUAAGAAAAUCGAAGUGAUCCCAAGAAACAACAAAUUAGUUAUUAAAGUCGAUGGUGUCAAGCAAAUGGUUUCAGAGGAUGCCCCGUUUGCGAUUAAAAAAGAUAAUACAGAAGGGAGGUACCAGCCGACUCUAAUCGAAAUAUCAAAGAAAGGGCCCCGCGUACAUGUACAUGUACCUAUUCAGGGUACGGAAGUUGUCACUGAUGGCGAGUGGAUAUCAAUACAAGUGUCGCCAUUUUACUACUCUAAGGUAUGUGGACUUUGUGGAGACUACGAUGGUAACCCAUACACUGAUAAUAAGGACCCCCAGAGACGGACACACGAGGACACUGCUUGUCUUUUAGCCAAUUACGUUCUGUCCAAUGGCCAGUGUGAAGCUGCGGACGUCAAACGCCAAUGUAACCAGGCUAUUCCUAGCCCGAAACCAGCCACAUGUCAUUUGGAAAAGAGAACAGAAGUGAGAACUAUGUUGGACAACAUAUGCUUCUCGACACGUCCUGUUAACAGAUGUGUUUCGGGAUGUCGACCUCAACAACAAAAGUCGAUACGUAUGCAAAUGAUCUGCAAGGACAGGCAGGAUCCACAGGCGGAGGAGCUCAGACAAGCGAGUCACCAACGAGUGCUAAGAGAACUACGAGACCAGACGCCUACCGACACUUUGCGAGUUCGCCAGGAUGAGAGUUGCUUGUAAACGGCGUACUACUGAACGAUUUUGCUUUGAUUAACGGACAUCCCUUUAUUUAUACUUACCUUUAUUGCUUAUUCGCUUUCGCCUUUCCUUUGUCUAUUACACACUUCCUAUUUUAAGAAACCUAACAGGAAUCUUAAUUAAGCAAUUAUAGUUAUCCAUCGUUUUUGCUUCAACUUUAUCAUUCAGCAACUUGCAAAUUCUUCUGUAUUUCUGAUUCCAAAUUAUCUUUGAAAAAUUGCAUUAAGACAUAAAUCUUGGAAUGUAGCGACUAUAUAGGGCAAUAGUAGGCGAAUUACAAUAAAAAAUCAUAGAUUGUCUAAUUGUAUUACUAACUGUUUUUAAUAUAUUCAAUGGAAUAUGGUUACAAAAUUACGACAUACGAUAAAAUUUAUUUUAACUAAUGUGUAAUACCUAGACAAGGUAUUCUACUCCAAUCAAUCACUAUACAUAUCAAUAAUUUGGGACUUAUUAUGUUUAUACUACAUGAUGAGUUUGCGAUGUAAAUACACUUUUUAUCUUCACGUAUAUUUUGAAAAGUGAGUCUCAGGUAAAGUAAGUUGACUUUGACGAUCAACUGUUUCUAUGCUUACGCAAAUAAAGCUUGCAUGCAGCAUCAAAACAA